AUUUAUUAUGUUAUAUAAAGGUCCAAAACAAAGCUAAGGAUAUUAUUAAUUCAAUAUAUCAAUAUAUUGAUACCUAUUGUAAAAAAUAGGAUGGGUCUACCACUGCUGGCCACUUAUCUGAGAAAAGCAGAAAACUUCUAAGAGGCUAACCACAUUCUGUGUCUAAAUGUGUCAUUACAGCAUAGAGGUAAAUUGACAAUAAAAAGUGAUAAAAAUGGCCAUCAACCUUCCAGGCAAUUCCUCAUUCACGGCGCCGGGAAGAGGCAGAGAUGAAAUUUAUGUAGCCACAACGCCUCUACGGGCAACCAAGGGACCUGCUCAAUUACUCAUGUCUGCUGCCUAUUCUCUCAACUUGUGGAAUCUUCAGCAUUUCAUGCUCAUCAUCAAACCAUCCAUAACUUCUGCCUCUCCUCCUUCAAAUUGCCAGGGCUUAGUGUUUGAUUUUCAGCCUCAGGAUCCUGAAAACAUAUAUGUGGCUCUGGCUGCCUUAUCUGGUAGAGCUAUCCCAGGAAAUAUUCUGGUAAGGAAAAUUAGCAAGAUUCCUAAGAAAAAGUGUUGGUACAUUGGUUCAUCCAAGUUAUCAAAUGCUGUAGAAGCUGCCUAUAAGUUCAACAGCAGCUGGCAAACUGAUUUACGCCUUGGCCACCAUGAUUGUCGUCACUAUACCAAUGGACUGGCUGAAAUGUUGAUUGGGAAGAAAAAUGUACUGGAGCACCUUCAGGAGAAUCAACAGGGAAUGGAUUAUUAGAUGAGGCCAUGUCUCAUGUGUAUUUUCAUACAGCAAACUCUCUAGGCCACGUCUGGCUACAAUAGAAACUCCCUUGCUCGCCUAUGAACCGAGUUUAGCAUAAAUUCACACGGACAGCUUAUAGUUGCUACUUGCCAUCUUGCUGAUUUAGUGGCAUAAUUUUGACAUAAUAAUUUAAAGUAUUCACUGAGGCUUGCAUGCAUUUUGAGAGCACUUAUAUACAUUGCCAUCAGCUUGAACUCGUUUACAGCUUGAACUCGUGAAUUUGAGUGAAAAUUCAACAUUGAGCACACAAAUUUUCGAGUUGAGCGUAGUAUCAGACUCACUGAGUACAGCUCGAGCUAAGUCAAUUCAAGCUCAACAUGCAUCGUCAUCAUUCAUGGUCAAAAUUAUGAUGUCUUCUGUUUAGAUUUGAACUUAGCAAAAGCGAAAGAUGUAGAAAAAACGAACCUUCAAGGUCUGCUGUAGAAUGGAGUUACAAAUUCAUGCUUCAA